UCUCCGUGUGCCGGCUCCGAACAUGCUUGCUGCAUUCGAAGACCUGCGCCAGGGGGAAAGAAGACGCGCCAACUUUAAGGCAUUUUUUUACUCAUCGGAUACCGUUAAGCGAGAGGGGAGAGGAAGGCGACGAUGCCGAAACACGUCAACGAGGACUCCGUGGCAAUCAGAGGGCUCUCAGAGGAAGACGUCGCGGACCUUAAGGAAGCGUUCGACAACUUCGAUCGGAAUGGGGACGGAACCAUUGACUCGGUUGAGCUGGCGACGGUGCUACGUUCUCUAGGCUACUCGCCGACAAAGGAUCAGCUGAAGAAGCUCAUGGACAAGGUGGAUCUGGACGGCACUGGAGACAUAUCAUUCGAGGAGUUCGUGGUGUUGAUGAGAGUGGGGGGCAUGGAGACCGACUACGAGAAGGAGAUAAACGGCGCUUUCUUUUUUUUCGACAAGAACGGCGACGGACAGGUAGAUCGACAAGAACUGGCGGAGAUCAUGCGCGGGCUCGGAGACAAGCUGACCGACGAAGAGAUCGACCUCCUGAUCAACGCCGCCGACAAGGACAAAGAUGGCACAAUCUCCAUGAAAGAGUUUGUCACCUUCAUGUUCGACGAGAAAGCAGUCCAUAAGUGAUUCUGGUGAAGGCAGCGUCAGCGCGAAAAGAAUGAACCCGGAACGGGCCGAGAGUGUUCGCUCGGGGUAUCUCGAUCUUCCUGCGACCAUCCAUGGCAAGGGGGGAACCAAAGCAAGCCUGCAGAGCCGUCCGUUUCCUGCAUCGUUUUUUUUUUGUAUCCUAUGCAUAAGUAGUCAACUAAGGGGAGGGGGGAGUGAGGUGCUUCUGCGGCUGUAGGGUCUUUACUGUGAUCGUUGAGGAUACCACUGCUGGGUGUCGCUCUUGUAGAUAAAAUUGUAACCAGUACAGCACCAUCACGAGUUGAUUUAUACGGCGCUGCUGUUGUUGAUUUGCACGUUGGGGCGCCCGUCUACGCAUGGCAACCUGCAGCCGUAGACACAGGGCAACCAAGGAGCCCGUGUGCCAUACGUAGCAGUGGUACACAUUGUGUGGUGUCCAGGGAAUUGUAGCAAGGCGGAGGUUGGGAGACAAAUGCUUUCCGAUGGAAUCGCUGAGGGUAUGCAUGUAUUGCUGUGAGGAUUUGGACAUUUUUACGGGGCACGGUUUCGAGUUUUUUCGAUCUGUCAGCACAGCAGACGCAGUUAGUGUGGACGCAACAGCGCCAGCAGUUCGUAGAUCGAUAAAUUGCGGGCCAAGCUCUCCUUACCCAUGUCUUGUGUCGUCCUUCUUUGUGAUGCGGGUAUUGUAGACGUUGGCGGCCUGCUUUGCGCUCUAGUACCUACUUGGCUCCUUAACACACCAUCACGCGGCGCUGGGUAUGAGCGAGUGGAGCAUGGAUGGGUACGCCAGGGCCCUAUUUUUCUGACGUACAGUAGCGCUUUAAUGUGUAUGCAAGCGCUUCGUUUGUUUUCGGUGGAGGCCAAGAGGUCAAUAUGUAUAUUUCCGAGGUUACUGCAGGUUACAUGGCGUUAGAUGCCACCCCCCGGACCGUUUAGCAAAGCCUGGUUACUUCAAGGCAGGCGUUGCCGAAAAUGGCGGUUUUGGAACCGUCUUGCCGAGAGUUUUUUCGCGUUUUCCGAAAAACGUGCCACACGAUUUUGUGCAACCUCUUCGUCGUGGAGUAUUGGAGCCUUGAAAGUCGGUCCAGGGGUGUGUUAUCUUGUGUCAUAUCGGUAUGUUUGCUCGCCGGCGCCGCACGGGUUUCGUUUCCCUUGCUUGAUACAGUACAGUCACCGUGACGGUGCUUUGUGGGCGUCGAAAGGUUGGCGUGAUGUGCAGGCUUAAAAAUACUUGGGGCGGUAAGGUUAAGGUUUAGUUAACCCUCGGAGGCAUGUGACCUUUGGCAUUGCCUUGGUUCUGCCGAAACGCAAGGGGAUACGUCAAGGGCGAGAGAGAGCGUGUGUCCUCUAACAUUCUGGUGGGGCGUUGUUUUUAAGAGAUUUGUGCGCCGCGUGCGUGCGCCUAAUGCAAGGGAAAGGCGCCGAGAGAGAAAAAAAAAGAAAACUAGUGUAGGGGUCGUUUCUCUUCGCACGGUAACAUGAGUAGUUUUAUUGUUUUGGCAUGUGUGGUGUGCGCGGUUCAGAUGUUGCUGGAGCACCACUUCCGGCAAGAUGAUUAGGUGUGCGUGCGUGCGUGAUACAAGGAUGUGUGCGGUGGCGGCGUGGUGUACAAGCCUGUGAGGCUCGAGAUCCACAUCUCUCGGACGUACAGUAGCCGUGUGUCGAACAAGCAAGUCGUCUCCAAUGAAUUCCGCCGCCUUUGUACAAUCCCAGGCAACGCGGCAGGGUGGAAAGGACAGGUCCGUUGGAGGAAGUGGACGAAAAUAACCCUUUACAUGAAUGAAAAACCCCAUGAGAGCACCAUGGCGUUGCAACGUUGGGCACGGUGUAGAAAAGCUGAUGUACCGGACACCUUGUUUCGCAGUGUCCUUUCAUUUUUUGCCUGUUUUUUGUUUCGCUUCAAAUCGGGGGGUUGCGUGGAGGCGGCGGGUACAGAGUUCCGCUCGCACACAGACGCGCCGACUGAUCCCGCAAAACAAAGGGCAAAAGCCUUCGCGUGUUGUAUAACUGGUCUGGUUCCGUUCUUGUCUACGGGGUCCGUUCGUGCUUCUCGACUCCAUUGGCACAUCCGUGCUUUACACCAACGGUCGCCCCGGUGGUCUGGUGGUAUCCUCGUAAUCCGCUAGUCGCAGAGGUCGUGAGUUCGAAUCUCCAUGGGGUGAGAAAUGUAAAUUUGCGGGUGAAAGCGAAAUAUAGCUUAAGAGCUCUCGUGAGUACCAAACUUCGACGUUAGCACAGUUGACGAGUGAAAGGGACCGCUGGACCCUUCUCGCGAAAAAAAUAAAAUUCAGCACCCACCGCAGGAGGAAGGUGGGGCAUGAAUACAAAUAACAAGAAGAAAAAGGUGUUUACCCCCUCCUGUGUGACCCUGGAUCGUUGUAGUUGUACGAAAAAAUACACUGAAAAGUGUAGUACUCUACAUGCGCUGUAAAGUGUAGUACACGUCUCACCACGAAAAGUGGGGGGACUGUCGCCAUAAUAAACAGGACGAAAACGCAUAACACACAUACCUACACGCUUGCCGUCCUGCACAAGACUUAUCAUCUAUUUGUGCGAUCACAUCAUCAUCGGCGGAUCCGCGCUUUACACCCACAGGCAUGCCGUCCUGCACAGGACUUGCCAUCCACUUGAAGCAAAGCGAUAGCCUCAUCAUCAAGAGAUCCGUGAUUUACGCCCGCAUGCAUGCCGUCCUGCACAAGACUGGUCAUCUACUCGUACC